ACUACUUGGCAAGGCCGGCCUCUUAAAGGAGCGGAGCCCAGGCCCGGCUGCGCACGGCCUGCUGGGGUUUGCAGUGCGCGCGGCAGAGUGAGGAGACGCCCUCGGAACUACAGCCCCCAGCGGGCCUCUCGCGCCCGCCCUCUCCCGGGAUUGCCUUGGCCGGCUGCUUGUGUACGUGGGAAGGCAGAAGGCGCGGCGGGAACGCGGGAGACUGGCCGGGCAUGGCGGGCUGAAGGAGCCGCCGUCGCAGCGAGGAUGUGGCUGAAGCCCGAGGAGGUGCUGCUGAAGAACGCGCUCAAGCUGUGGGUCUUGGAGCGCUCGAACCAGUACUUCGUGUUGCAGAGGAGGCGAGGCUAUGGAGAGGAGGGCGGAGGGCUGGCUGGCCUCCUGGUGGGGACGCUGGAUGCUGUUUUGGACUCCACAUCAAAAGUGGCCCCUUUCCGGAUCCUGCACCAGACGCCAGAUUCUCAGGUCUACUGGUCUAUCGCCUGCGGAGCCAGCAGAGAAGAGAUAACAGAGCACUGGGACUGGCUGGAGCACAAUGUGAUGAAGACUCUGUCCGUGUUUGAUUCCAAUGAGGACAUCACUAGCUUUGUGCAUGGGAAGAUAAGGGGCUUGAUAGCCGAGGAAGGUAAAGGAUCUUUAAUGAAAGAGGAGGAUCCCGAGAAGUUCCGUGAGGCUCAUCUGAAGUUUGGGAAGUGUUUUGGGUUAGCCGAGCAGGAGAAGCUGGUGACCUACUACUCGUGUAGUUACUGGAGAGGGCGAAUGCCCUGUCAGGGGUGGCUGUACCUGAGCACCAACUUCCUCAGCUUUUACUCCUUUCUGCUGGGAGCUGAAAUAAAACUUGUAAUAUCCUGGGAUGAAAUCUCAAAACUUGAAAAGACGUCCAACGUGAUCCUAACGGAGAGUAUUCACGUCUGCUCCCGCGGGGAGGAUCACUACUUUUCUAUGUUUCUGCACAUCAGCGAAACGUUCCUUCUCAUGGAACAGCUGGCCUUGUAUGCUGUUCGGAGACUCUUCGACAAGGAGACAUUUGAUAACGACCCCGUCCUCCACGAUCCCUUGCAAAUCACUAAGAGAGGGCUUGAAAGCCGAGCCCACAGUGAACAGUUUAACGCCUUCUUCAGGCUGCUGAAAGAGGAGUGUCUGCGGGAGGUGCACGAAUGUUUCUUGUGGGUGCCUUUCAGUCACUACAAUACUCUGGGGAAAAUGUGCAUUUCUGAGAAUUACGUCUGCUUCGCCAGCCAGGACGGCUCCUUGUGCUGCGUAGUCAUUCCUCUGAGAGAGGUUGUAGCCGUCGAGGCAACCGAUCCUGUCAGCAAAGCAGUCAGCAUUGCGACCAGAGGGAAAAGAGCCUUCCGUUUCUCUGAAGUGCGGGAUUUUGAGCAGCUGGUAGCGAAGCUGAAGAACAAACACGAUGCAACGACGAGCCUUCAGCAUAGUGCGAGUGCCGAGGUUGCUGUUGGCUCAAGUGCUGACCCUCUUUUGGACUGUUACGAGGGGCAACCGAUGGCAAGCCACAAAGACAACAGCAAGAUGGUUAGUACCGAAGCCCUCAUGACGGUCUUUCACCCGCAGGACAUGGAGAAUCUGGACUCUAAAAUGUUAAAAGAAAAAAUGAAAGAGCAGUCCUGGAACAUCCUUUUUGUAGAAUGCGGUCGCGGCGUAAGUAUGUUUCGGACAAGGAAGACGCGAGACCUGAUUGUCAGAGGGAUCCCCGAGGUGCUGAGAGGAGAACUCUGGCUCCUCUUUUCAGGCGCUGUGAACGACAUGGCUACCAACCCUGGUUAUUACACUGAGCUGGUGGAGAGAUCCUUGGGGACGUGCACUCUGGCGACGGAUGAAAUCGAACGGGAUCUGCGCCGCUCCCUGCCCGAACAUCCGGCGUUCCAGAGCGACACGGGCAUUUCUGCCCUGAGAAGGGUUCUUACUGCUUAUGCCUACAGGAACCCCAAGAUUGGAUACUGUCAGGCAAUGAAUAUUCUGACAUCGGUGCUGCUGCUUUAUGCCAAAGAGGAGGAAGCUUUCUGGCUCUUGGUUGCUGUGUGUGAAAGGAUGCUGCCUGAUUAUUUCAAUCGCCGAAUCAUUGGUGCCUUGGUAGACCAAGCCGUGUUUGAGGAGCUGAUCAGGAGCUAUCUGCCCCAGCUGACGGAGCAUAUGACCGACAUGACCUUCUUUUCCUCCGUCUCUCUCUCCUGGUUCCUCACUCUCUUCAUCAGCGUGCUGCCCAUUGAAAGCGCCGUCAACGUGGUCGACUGCUUCUUCUAUGAUGGGAUCAAGGCCGUUUUGCAGCUGGGCCUGGCUGUGCUGGACUACAACAUGGACAGGCUGCUGACCUGUAAAGAUGACGCGGAAGCUGUGACCGUCCUCAGCAGGUUUUUCGACAGCGUCACCAACAAAGACAGCCCUUUGCCUCCAGCCGUGCAACAGGCUUCCAGUGCCCAUGAAGCCAAGAGCCCAUACCCCAAAGUGGACAUCACGGAUUUGAUUCGAGAGUCAAAUGAGAAAUAUGGCGAAAUCCGGUUUGAGGAAGUGGAAAGCAUGCGCCGCCGUAACAGGCUGUAUGUCAUCCAGACCCUGGAAGUCACUACGAAGCAAAAUGUGCUGCGUGUUAUCUCCCAGGAUGUGAAAAUAAGUUCCAGCAACCUGGAGGAGCUCUAUGAAUUAUUCAAGAAGGAGCAUUUUCUGUCUUGUUACUGGAGCAUGAACAGCCCAGCCCUGAAGCACCAUGACCCCAGCCUACCCUACCUGGACCAGUACCGCAUCGACUGCCAACAGUUCCGUCUCCUCUAUCACCUCCUGAGCCCUUGGGCACACUGUGCAAACAGGGACUCUCUUGCGCUCUGGACGUUCCGGUUGCUGGAUGAGAACUUAGAUGGCCUUAUCAACUUCAAAGAAUUUGCCUCCGCUUUUGACAUCAUGUAUCAUGGAAGUUUUACCCAUAAGCUGAAACUGCUUUUCAAACUGCACAUACCUCCUGCUUUCACCGAAGUAGAAUCCCUGAGCCCUUCGAAAGGUACUCAGCUAUCUAAAGAAGAGUUGAUCCACUUUAGCCAAUUAAAUGUUUCUUCUCCUGGAGACAGUGACGGUGCUGAUGCUUUGAACACAAGCCCAGAAAAAACAGGUAAAGGAAAGGUUGAUAUCCAGGCCUAUCUGAAACAAUGGCAAGAUGAAUUGCUUAAAAAAGAAGAGAGCAUUAAGGAUUUACCCCGGAUGGAACAGUCCCAGUUCAUCCAGUUUUCAAAGACUAUGUUUAACCUGUUUCAUGGGGACCCAGAAGAAGAGCUGCUCUACCGUGCCAUCGCCACCGUUACCAGCCUCUUGCUGAAGAUGGAAGAGGUUGGCCGCAAGCUCCAGAGCCCCACUUCACCGGCCAAGAGCGCGACCCCUUCCACUUCUGCCUCGAGCACAGAAGAUGGCAGCAAGCCCCUGGAGGCUCAACCAGCCCCACAGACUGCAAGCUCUGGACCUCGGAGCCCAAGCAAAGCGGACGAGUGGUCGUUUGCUUUUGAGCAGAUUCUGGCCUCUUUACUAAAUGAACCUGCUUUGGUGAGGUUUUUUGAGAAACCAGUAGAUGUCAAAGCCAAGCUGGAAAACGCUAAAGGUUCUCAGUUGAAAGCGAGAGCCCGCGUAUAGCACUUAGCCCUGGUGUGGGUUUUUCUCUCUCUCUGUACAGAAAGCGUACAGAGGCUGAGAGCCAUUUGUGAGCUCAGUGUCUUGAGUUUGUCAGGAGUUGGGGGUUGAGGAUUUAGCUCGAUUCCCCUGUAUGCCGUAGCUGGGGUUGUUUGUGUCUUUUGCAAAGUUAAAAUACAUGUAGCUUGAAGCACAAUCUGCACCUAGUCUUUGCAUUUUCAGUACGCUCGGAGACUUAAAACCACUCCAGCCAACGCAAGCCAUUUUCCUAGACUGUCAGAGGCAAACUUGUGGAAUGUUCCGGUUGUGGUUGUUGCGUUCCUGAUGUGAAACACAGUUUUGUGCUAUGUUUCUGACGCUGAACAUAAUGUCUGCCACUUUUCCUAAAGAGUAGUCUGCCACCCUUAGCAUAUUCUCUAGUACUGCUAGUUGGAUUUCCAAAGAAUUGCUUCUUAAACUUUGAAUGUAUGCUUCUUUAACACUUUGAGAGAGAGAUCUUAAGCAGGUCCUUGAGCAUGGCUGUUAAAAGAAAUCUGUGUUGUUUUGGGAAUGGGACUAAAUGUUGCUUCUGGUUUUUUGUCUUUAUAGAUAUAAAUUGCAGUCGGUCAGUAUGAGCAUGGGGAAGUUCCAUUGCAGGCUUGAAAACCCUGGUUACUUCCCCACUGUCUCAAUUUCUGACCCUGGAUUUCUCGCCUUGAACCUCAUAUGCCUUCCUUACCAUGCUAGCCUAAUAUGGCCCAGUUCACAGUGGUAUGGAGGCCCUCUUUCAAUGGCUUCCCAAUCCCACUCUGGUCAAGUGUGGGCAGGGGAUAUUUAGGUGGUUUCUUUCCAUGUCAGCAUCAUCUAAGGAAGCCAGCAUAGGAAUAGGAAGGAACUGCCACCUGGUGCCUCUGUACAGACACCACCAGAAAGAACCAAGAAGAGUUUCUCGUCUGAUGCUGCAGUAAUGUUUGAACUUGGCUUUAGAUUGGGUUUUGGCUUGACGGCUGUGUUUACCCUCCUGGGGCUGCAUCCCAGGGUGUAGCCGAAAGUGUGAGCACCCCACAUGCUAACAUGUGCAUAUAUACACACUUUCCUUUCCAUGCUAAUCAGGAAGGGGGCAAUUUGCAUUUCCGUCAGGAUGCUGGGCUGGACAGAGAGAUUUAAACCUCAGCCACAUGCCCCCCUCUUUCUCUCUCUCUAUAAUCUUUUUGCUGUCGUUGACAAAAUUAAUGUUGUUUUAAGGUUGGAAAAUCUGCUUGCCAGGGAGCUGGGUGCAUCAGGCCACUGGACCAAGAGUUAAUCCACACAUACUCACACACACUUUAGAGCAGCCUUUCCCAACCAGUGUGCCUCCAGAUCAGAGCUUGGAAAAGUUACUUUUUUGAACUACAACACCCAUCAGCCCAAUCCAGUGGCCAUGCUGGCUGGGGCUGAUGGGAGUUGUAGUUCAAAAAAGUAACUUUUCCAAGCUCUGCUCCAGAUGUUGUUGGACCAACAACAUCUGGAGGCACACUGGUUGGGAAAGGCUGCUUUAGAGGAUGUACUUCUUCUUUGAGGUUAGAAAUGACCUUUGCAUGUGGUAGUGCACAGUAGGGGUAAUGCAGAUUGAAGGAUGCAGAUUAAAUGAUCCAUUAAGGAUUAUAGUUAAGCAAAGUUGGACAUUGCUACGGAGAGCUGUUUCCAGAGAUCCUUUGUAGGCUUUUAUGAUGAGAGCUUAAGCCACUUUCUAGUACUUAUUUAAUUGAAUGAACCCCCUUCAAGGGCUUUUGGAACUUACAUUCUUGUUCUUCAGUUCUCUGCCUUCAUUGACGUUGCUGAUUAAAUGUUGUCAGACUUAUAGGAAGCACUCAAAUUUCACUCUCCCCCUUUCCCCCAAAAUGAUCUCCAAUAUUCUUGUGUGGUGUCUGCUGCCAGAUGAGGUUAGUGGAGUUUUUUUAGUCUGAAAGAUCGUUCCAAUUUAAUAGUAAAGAUUGCUUAUGAGAAAAAGAGAAAAUACCAAUUUAAUUCAAAACGCCUCCCAUAAUGCACACAAAGAGGAACGUGUGAGUGCUUAGAAACCUCGGUGAAUCCAGAACUCUUCAAGUAUUGAAACAGCUCAGGUGUGCAGCAAUGCCUUGGAUUUUCUAUGCAUGUUACCCAAAAGAGAUCCAUUUACAAAAUAUAAGGCAAUCCUCUAUACUUGAGUCUUGUAGAAACAAACAUUAUAUGCAGAAUGGCCUACAUACCACAUACUGUGUAUUGCUGACUAUACUUCAGAUUUUGAUUAUCAGUGAGAAUGGUACUGGAUUUCUCUCUCUCUCCUUCCCCCCCCCCACCGUUUGUUUCAGCAUUGGAAAUGUGCAACCUUUAUGAAGAGCCUUGUUAUCUAGCAAAAUGACCACUGAUGAUAUGUACUAGUGAUGGGUAUUUUGUCAAGUCAAGAAAGAAUGAGCUUUCUAGCUAUGAAGGAAAAAGCUUUUUUAACCUAUUCUAGGGAUUGAAUUCCUUGGCUCUAGUUUUGAGGAAAGUCUGUUAUCCAUUUCUGUGUUUUAAUGGUGUAAUGCCAGUGGAUUUGGGUUGCAUGCUUGUGCCAUGUAGAUUUUUCAGUGGUACUUGCCACAACGUAUCUGAAUAUUAAGCUCUUGCUGAGGGUCCCCUCUAUUAGUUACCAGAGCAUUCAUUCAUUCGUUCAUUUUCUCUCUCACAGUGAUACACUCACAAUGGUGCUUUCAGUAUUCUUUGCAGCUGAAUAGAGAACAUUUGUAGCUAAGGGGCAGAAGAACAGAGCCAUGAAGAUUUAGAUCCGUGAUGGCUAUGUUGCAAAGAAUAAAGUCAUCUGGCACAUCAACUAGCGUGAGCUGAAGUGCAUAGAGGAUUAUCAGUUGUUGAUCACUGUUCAAAGCAGGGUACUGGGCAUAAAACCAUCAAAGGUAAGGUGCCUCGCACAGUUUGAAAGUACAUUUGCAAAUUCUGGGGGAAGUAUUAUUAACAAACAUUCAAGAAGCCUCUGUUGUGCUAGAAGGAAAGCCUGGUGGGCAUGAAGCCUUUUUAAUAAGAUCUGAUUCCACUGGGAUUUACCAAAGAAUUGGGGGAGAGGGGGGAAAUACAUGACUUCACCUUAGGUCACUUGAUCAAACAUAAAUUUCCACUAACAACUGCAGUGAUUAUCCAUUGCUGUUGUCUACAGCCAUGCUGAUGCUUCUCAAGUUUUGACUUUUAUAAUACAGCCUGCCAAUAUUGCAGCUGUAAUUUCUUAAGGAAAGUGAACUGAAAAUAAAACGUAUGUAUAUGUCUUUAAAGUUCCUCACCUGGCUGUUUUACUUACAGACAAAUCAUAACAUUAGCUUCUAAACAAAUACUAUAUUCUGUAAUUGUUUGUCUUGAUGAAGAUUUCUAAAGAUUAUUAUGGUAUGUUUUCCAGAUGAAACUGGGUUAUUUUCUCUUUUUUGCUACCAAGGAAGUAAAAGAUGUUUAUGUA